AUGAUCAUAGAAUUUUAUGGACACAAUAAAGCUCUUGAAGACAAUAGAAGCACCUUUUCUUCUGUUGAUGAAAGUGCAAAUGAAAAUGAAACCCCAGAAGAAACAGCUAUCAAUAAAAGUGCCAAAAUGACUGCCAUUAAUGAAAAUACUGAAAUAACCAUCAUAAAUGAAAGUGCCGAAAUAACCACCAUGAAUGAAAAUGCUAAAAUAGUUAACGAAAAUGAUGAAACAACGGUUGAUGAAAGCUUUGAAGUUACCAUCA